GAGCAGUAAUUACAAUUAUUGCAAGAUUUAUUCACUCAUUUUCAUUAUUUUCAGGAUUAUUAAUGAAUAAAAAAUGGUUAAACUUGAAUUCUUUUUAUAUUUGUAUG